UCUAUAUACAUUUUAUAAGUCUAUGUUGAAUCGAACGUGUAUUUGUAUGUAAUUUUUUAUAUUUAACAAAAGAAUAUUUAAAUGUGUAAUGUUUGAAUAAACAAAUAGACAGAAUAAUAAUAGAAAAUUUAUAAAAAUGGUUAUAAUUUCAAGAAUUUUCUCACGUACAAAUUACGGUGGAUUACAAGCAGCAAAAAUACUAUACAAUGCAAGUAGAAAAAGUAUGUCGACGGUUGUUUCAAGUCCGACAGGAGAAACGCACAGUAAUGAGAUGCCAGAGCAAAAGAAAAUAAUUCCAGAUAGAUAUCGAUUUAUUUACCCAGAAUUCUUACCAGAACCAGAUCCGACACAUCGCAAUGCACUCAGAGAAAAAUUGGAGCGCAUGGAUAUGUUAGCAAGGCGUACGCAUAUAGCAAUACCAGAGUUUUAUGUUGGUUCUAUAUUAGCCAUAACUUAUUCCGAGCCACAUGCUCCUGGAAAAGUUAAUAGAUUUGUUGGUAUAUGUAUAGAGAGGAAUGGAUGUGGAUUGAGAUCUUCAUUUCUCUUGAGAAAUGUAGUUGAUAAUCAAGGCAUUGAAGUAUGUUUUGAAUUAUAUGAUCCUGCAAUACAGAAAAUAGAUUGUCUCAGACUUGAAAAAAGAUUGGAUUCACACCUACGAUAUUUGCGGGAUGCACCAGCAGAGUAUAGUACUUUUUCCUUUGAUCUGGAGCCAGAAUAUUUGACAGAAGAAACUGUUCCUGUAAAUGAGAUCAAAGUACCGCUUAAUAGAUUACCAUGGCUAGAGAAAUGGGAGCGUCAGGAAUUAAAAGGCAUAGAAAUACCGUUUAAAUUGUCUAGUAAACGCGUUAGAAAAGCCAAAGCUGCUGCAAAACCAUGGCAUAAAUAUGACUUAAUGAAUACAUACAGGCAAACUAUUCCUGAAGAAGAACAAAAUGAAAUAUAUAAUGAAGUAUAUACAAAAUUACAUGAAAUGGAAAUUACUAAACGUAGACAAAAACAUAAACGUACUUUCGUACGUCCACAGAAAAUUGGUUAAAUGAUUAUUAUACAGCAUUUCUUAAUUCAUGUAAGAAAGUAGAAUAAAAUAAAUAUGAUUCUUUUUUGUUAUAAUAUA